GACACCGGCAUUGGCCAAAGCAAUUGACAAGUUUUCAGCAGGUAAGUAAGUAGAAGCAGCAAAAACAAAGCGGAAAACGCUGAAAAAGAAGAAAACUCUGUUCUGGAGAUAGGAAACAAGGACGAGGACCCAGCACCUGCAAAAGGAGCGGAAAAUUGCAAGCAAGUGUUGUGCGAAUUUCGCGGAAAGCCAGGAAGUGGGCAGGAAAACGGUGAAAGGAAACUGAAUAGCUCGAGAGGACUCGCAGCUGGAGAGCUAUUUGAAUCUGAAUCUGAAUCCGGGUGCUCGCAGCUGGUCUUGGCCAUGAACUUCUACGACGAGGAGAUCACAAUCGGCGGACCCGACUCCAAGCAUCUGAGCAGUGUUCAAAUGGAGUCCCGAAAUGGAGGACCAGGCGGCGGCAGAGGUGGGGCAGUCGGGGGUGGAGCAGGUGCAGUGGGCGUGGGCGUGGAAGGAGGCGCCACUGGAGGUGUACAAAGAGCAGCCGCUGGCAGGCACCGUCGAAUGUUCCAAAGCAACUCUACAGAUGACGAUGGUCUGCUGCAGGACAUCAUUGACCACGAUGACGAGGCGGAGGACAGCGAGGAUGACGAUGACAGCGAGAUGCACCUGCCCCAGGGAAUGACCAUGAGCGUGGGAAUGACGGGCCUGGUGCCCGGGCCGAGCAUGCAGAAGCGACCGGGAAGCAACCGGAGCUCCAAGCCAGUACCGGAUGACACCAUGAGUUCCGGCAGCGAGGAAGCAGCAAUGGGUGCUGGAAUGGGAUCCGGAGGAGCACGAGGCGGAGCCAAGUUACCACAUCACAAGCUAACGCUCCCCAUGAGGGGCAGUGCUGGUGGAGCAAGAAGGUCUGAGCGGCAGGAUGAGCCAUCCUUUAUCAUGAGUCCCGAUAAAUGGGAAGAUCUGCCCGUGCCCGGAGAACUCAAGGAACUGUUUCCCUAUAUCGUCAAAUACACCCCGCAAACGAUCGAUACUCCCUUCCACCUGCAACCAUUUAUCCCCGAGUUUGUGCCCGCUGUGGGCGAUGUGGAUGCUCUUCUGAAAGUCCAGGCUCCUCCACUUUUGCAGCCCCAACGCCAGAAGGAGCUGAAUGAUCAUCUGGAGAAAUUGGGUCUAUGGUUGCUCGAUGAACCCUCUGGCGCUCAAAGUGAGCCCAGUCUCCUGAAUAUGAAACUUCGGUCGGUACUGAGUGGAAGCAUGGGGCGAAAUCCCCGUCAUGCCUCCUCCGCCUCCCUAAUUCCCACCGCCCGAUCGGCCAAGGACAUAGAUAAGUGGAUCACCGAGGUUGAACAAGUGCAUAUGACUCAAUCUAUGUACGAUGCACAGCCCAGAAAGGACAUAGAUGCCCUCUUGGAGGAUUGGCCUAGAUCUUUUGGCGAUGAGGAAACCAAAAACGCCCUAGAUCAGACCUACAGAUCCUGCCUACAGCAGAGCAUUUCUCUAGCUGACUACGUGGGAGUGCUCUGCGAGAGAUUCGGCGUGGAUGGACCUUUGGAGUCGCAGGCGGACUACAUCCACAAUGUCCAGACACUCUUUGCCCUCUACCUGGCCGCCAGUCAGGCGUGGGAGUAAUAGGGGUAUAUAUACCAUAAAUCAUUUGUAAAUCAAGAAAAUCAAUAAAACAUUUGUUCUAAAAAUAUAUGU